AUGGAGACCUCCCUCGCAACUGUUACAGCUCUCGUUGCUGCUUCCGCCCCAACUGCCAUGGCCGCUGACUGGAAGUGCAACGGCUCAUGGAACGAUGGGGGCCUCAAGCGCCUGUCCUUCAAGUUCCAGGGCUACUGCGAGGACCGAUCUGGACAGUGUUUCCUGUCUGCCAUCCGAGGCAAAAGCGUUACGGUUCACAACUGGCAGGCAUGGAAGACCGAUGACAAUGGCUGGUGGCAGGUUGACUUGAGCACCACGGCUGGGCUGGCGUGGCAGGUGAACAACGCUAUUGAAGAGGUUACUGGUUCCUGGCGAGGAUGCUGGCCGAACCAGUAG